GCUUACGUACAAGAUCAUUUUGAACUGUUGUUUCCUUUGAAUCGGUAGCUCGGGAGAGACUCUAUUAAUACGUUUUGUGCUAAAUUAUCUGUAGACAAUGUGAAUACUGUUUGUGUAUGCGGAAAGAAACACUGCUGAGAUAAAUUAUUCUGAUGUCGCUUACAUCAUAGAGGGUCGUCGUAUUUCCGCCAUGCCGAAUAUAUAAAUUUUUAGUCUAAUAUCCCACUAAAAAACUGUCAAAAUGUCGGGAAACGUGGGUAUGGAAAAUUUAAUUCCUAUUGUGAACAAACUGCAGGAUGCGUUUGCUUUACUAGGAGUCCCAAUUUCCCUGGAUUUGCCUCAGAUCGCCGUUGUUGGAAGUCAAAGUGCAGGAAAAUCAAGUGUGCUUGAAAAUUUUGUUGGCAGAGAUUUCUUGCCGAGAGGUUCGGGCAUUGUGACAAGAAGGCCAUUAGUUCUACAGCUCAUCAACAACAGAGCAGAAUAUGCUGAAUUUCUACAUCAGAAGGGACGGAAGUACACCGACUUCAAUGAUGUACGGAAGGAGAUCGAGGAGGAGACGGACAAAGUUACUGGCAAAAACAAGGGUAUCUCCAACAUUCCAAUCAACCUGCGGGUAUACUCUCCAAACGUGCUCAACUUGACCCUGAUUGAUCUGCCGGGUAUGACGAAGGUCCCAGUUGGCGACCAGCCAGUGGACAUUGAGAUGCAGAUCAGGAGCAUGUUGUUUGAAUUCAUCGCCAAGGAGAGCUGCCUCAUCCUCGCUGUGUCACCAGCCAACACAGAUCUCGCAAACUCCGACGCUCUGAAAAUUGCCAAGGAAGUAGAUCCACAAGGAACACGAACGAUUGGUGUGAUUACUAAGUUGGACUUGAUGGAUGACGGGACGGAUGCUCGGGAUAUCCUAGAAAACAGACUUCUGCCGCUACGGCGAGGAUACAUCGGUGUGGUGAACCGCAGUCAGCGAGAUAUCGAGGGCAGGAAGGAUAUCAGGGCCGCUCUGGCUGCUGAACGCAAGUUCUUUCUGUCUCAUUCAUCGUACAGACACAUGGCUGACCGCAUGGGCACGCCCUUCCUGCAGAAAGUGCUGAAUCAACAACUGACCAACCACAUCCGCGACACACUGCCGUCGCUGCGCAACCGUCUACAGACACAGAUGUUGUCCAUGGAGAAGGAGGUCGACGAGUACAAGAACUUCCGGCCUGACGACCCUUCACGCAAGACCAAGGCCAUGAUGCAAAUGAUCAACCAGUUUUCCACGGACUUUGAGCGUGAUAUUGAAGGUAGUGGGACCCAUGUGAAUACAGAAGACUUGUCUGGUGGCGCCAAGAUUAACCGAAUAUUCCACGAACGGUUUCCCUUCCAGUUAGUGAAGAUGGAGUUUGAUGAAAGAGAACUGCGUAGGGAGAUUGGCAUUGUCAUUAAAAAUAUCCAUGGUAUUAGAACCGGUCUGUUCACCCCUGACAUGGCUUUUGAGACGAUUGUAAAGAAACAGAUUCAGAGGCUGAACGUUCCGUCCGUGCAGGCUGUGGACAUGGUGGUCACCGAACUCUCCAACGUGGUCAAGAAGUGUACAGAAAAGAUGAGUCGCUACCCACGGUUGCGAGAGGAGAUCGAGAGAAUUGUAAAUACAAAGAUCCGGGAACGGGAACAGGUCACUAAAGACCAAAUAAAGAGUCUGAUUGAAAUCCAGCUGGCGUACAUGAACACGAAUCACGAGGAUUUCAUUGGUUUUGCCAAUGCUCAGCAGAAGUCAGAGAGUCAGGUCAACAAGAAGCGAUUGGGCAACCAGGUGAUCCGGAAAGGCUGGCUCACCCUACACAAUGUCAGCUUUAUGAAGGGAGGGUCGAAGGAUUUCUGGUUUGUUCUCUCUGCGGAGAACAUGUCGUGGUACAAGGACGAGGAGGAGAAAGAUAAGAAGUAUAUGUUAAACCUGGACAAUUUGAAGAUUCGAGACCUUGAGGCAGGAUUUAUGUCCAAGAAAUUUCCUUUUGCCCUCUUCAAUCCUGAUUCCAGGAAUGUCUACAAGGAUUACAAGCAGCUUGAGUUGUCCGCUGAGAACCAGGAAGACAUCGACUCCUGGAAGGCGUCAUUUCUACGAGCUGGAGUAUACCCGGAGAGACAGUCCGAGGAAGGGUCAUCUUCGAGCAAGGAUGAUAUUGGUUCCAUGGACCCUCAGCUGGAACGCCAGGUGGAGACAACGAAUCUGGUCGACUCCUACAUGAAGAUCAUCAACAAGACACAGAGAGAUCUGGUGCCGAAGACCAUGAUGCACAUGAUCGUCAACAACUUGAAAGAGUUCAUCAACACAGACCUUCUGGCUCAUCUCUACUCAUCUGGAGACCAGUCGUCACUGAUGGAGGAAUCACCCGAAGAGGCACAGCGUCGAGAUGAGAUGCUGAGAAUGUACCACGCAACAAAAGAGGCUCUCAGCAUCAUUGGCGACGUCUCUACGGGCACCACGUACACCCCAACACCACCCCCGGUGGACAACGACUGGCUGAAGGCUGAGCCUAACGCUGGAGGAGGAGGCUCUGGAGGAGGGGUCAUGCCGUUUAACGGUCGACCACCGUCUCCCGCCAGAAACCGACCACCUCCCCCAGUCCCCAACCGCCCUGGCGACUCUGGCAGUCUCCCACAGCCGCUAAUGCCCAUGAGGUCAGGGCCAUCCAUUCCGUCUCGCCCGGCCCCCCAGGCACCCAGUGCACCAUCGGUACCGGCACGCCCAGGAGGUAAUUCUCAAGGGAGUAUCCGAGGCGCCGCCCCCAAGAUCCCUGGUCGACCCACAAUACCAGCUAGACCUCAGUAGACCUGUGACGAGUAGACAGAUAGACCGAUGGACACCGCAAUAGGCAGUAGACCAUAGUGAUUAUGCAAAUGUACUGUAGGGAAGAAACCAGAAGGGUUUUCAUAUGUAAAUAACUCGCUACCAUUAUUUGUGAUGCAACUUUGUCUGGGUGAAGAAAACAAUGUCAAAACAUAGUCGAAGAAAUUUUUUACGAGUUUUUUUACACGUCACCCAGCUGUCUUUUCAGUCAGAUUAAGUUGAGUUUGUUCAUAGUGUAUAUUUAUUGUAUGUAACUGAAACUUAGUUUGUAGAGAAUGACAAAUAUUGGUUUCAACUCUUUGAGGAAAAAAUACAUUUGAAUUGCAUUUUGAUAAUGCAUGUGAUCAUCUGUUUUGAAGGAGAAUGUGUAAUUUUGAUGGUUUGAAUAUUUGUUUCUCUGUGGACAUGAAUAAUCUGGUCU